GUUGAUGUGUCACUUCGGUUGGAGAGUACAGACGACCAAUCGAUAUUAUUUUAAUAAAGUUUCGCAAAUUUUUAUAAGAUGGAACCCAGUGUGGACGAUUUGUUGUCCUUCAAGGAGUUCCCCUUGAUACAGGAAGGUAAUUCGAACAGCGCUCAGCUAAACAUUGAUUCUCCGAAAAAGGUGUCGCCCAGUCGGGAAUCCACAACGGAAGAAGAAAGCACAACCCUGCCGAAAGGAACGUCUCCGCUAAGUUUCGAGUACUACCAGAAGUUCUUCGAUGUCGACACCAUGACCGUGGUGGAUCGAAUAGCCACGUCCAUCAUUCCGAAGCGUGCUCCAUCGGAUUAUCUGAAGCUCAACAUAGCAACCAAUCCGGAUAUGUAUGGUCCAGUUUGGAUUGUAAUAACUUUGAUUUUUACUAUUGCUAUUUCCGGUAACAUGGCCAGUUAUCUACAAAACACUGGAAACCACCAUUGGCGAUAUAAUUUUCAUCUGGUGUCCGUUUCAGCGACGGUAAUCAUCAUGUACACAAGUUUAGUACCGUUCGCUCUUUGGGCACUGCUAAAGUGGAGCGUUCGACCGGAUAACUUGGAUAUAGAAGAGCAAACAGAAACUCCUAGUCUUUUAUCGCUAGUUUGCGUGUACGGUUAUUCGAUGGCCAUUUACAUUCCCGUGUCAAUAUUGUGGACCAUUCAGGUUUCCCUGUUCCAGUGGCUUCUGGUUGCAACGGCCACGUUUCUCUCCGGUUUUGCCCUGCUCUGGAUUCUGAUGCCUGCGAUAAAGUCGUCCAAAUUUGCCAUUUUCAUAACGCCCGCUAUCGCAUUGAUCCAUUUCAUACUUGCCGCGGGAUUCAUGCUUUACUUCUUUCACGCAUCCGACUCGAUUGAUACGGUUAAGGUGGAUCAGGUGAAGGCAACAGUAGCAGCAAUUGUUUCGCACAAAAAUGUUACCCAAUAGAGAAAUAAAACUGAAGGAAGUACGAAACAACUUUCAUUUUAU